AUGUUUCAAAGAUCAAGAAGAAUAAUUCUAAGGACAAUGUCAACUAGUUGGAAACCAAGCUAUUAUGAUAUUGGAGUUAAUUUCUCUGAUUCAAUGUUUCAAGGAUAUUAUAAUGGUUCAUCAACAUCAAAACAUCCUUGUGAUAUUAAAUCAAUAAUUGAAAGAGCUCAUUUAUUUAAUGUUGAUAAAAUGUUAAUUACAGCAUCUACUAUUCAAGAAAGUGAAGAUCAUUUUAAAUUAUGUGAAGAAUAUUCAAAUCAAUUUGAUUCUACUGCUGGUGUACAUCCAUGUACAGUAGCUUCAGAAUUUUAUAAACCUGAUCCUUCAGAAGAAGGUAAAUUCAUUGAUGAAUUACGUGAUGAUGUUGAUGAAAAAUUAAAUCGAUUGAAAAACAUUAUUAUACAAGGUCAUAAACAAGGUCAUGUUAAAGCAUUUGGUGAAAUUGGAUUAGAUUAUGAUAGAUUACAUUAUAGUACGAAACAUCAACAAUGUGAAAUGUUAAUUAAACAAUUGGAUUUAUUAAAAGAUUUAAAAGAUUUAAAAUUACCUUUGUUCUUACAUAUGAGAGCAGCAUGUGAUGAUUUUAUAAAUAUCUUAAAACCUUAUAUUGAUCAAGGUAUUAUUGAACCAGGUAAUGGUGUGGUUCAUUCAUUUACUGGAACUUCCGAAGAAUUGAAAAAAUUAUUAGAUUUAGGAUUUUAUAUUGGUAUAAAUGGAUGUUCUUUGAAAUCUGAAGAUAAUUUAAAAGUUGCAACUUUGAUUCCAAUUAAUAAAUUAAUGAUUGAAACUGAUGCUCCUUGGUGUGAAAUUAGGAAAAGCCAUGCAGGUUAUAAAUAUUUAACUAGUUAUCCAAAUAAAUUUUAUCCACAAAUUAAAGAUGAAAAAGAAAUGUCCCUGGAUCAAUUACCAAAGACCACGUUUAAAUUAGAUGAAAAUUUACCAUUUCCUUCAAUUAAAAAGGAGCACUAUGGAAAACAUAAAGAUUAUGUUCAAACAUCAAAAGAAAAUGCAAAGAAUCCAGAAUUGUUAGAAACUAGAAUUGGAUUGUUGAGUGAACCAAUGAUUAAAUCAAGAAAUGAGCCAGUCAAUGUUGGUCUUGUAGCAGAGAUUCUUUGUGCAUUACACGGAUUUAAAACCGAUCAUGAAAUAGAACAAUUCAUAGAUACAGUUUUUGAAAACUCUUGUAAAGUAUUUCAAACUUCAUAG